AAAAGUUGGAACAAUGGAGAGACAAGAUUGCGUUUGAGUUUCGGGAUAAUACUAAUUACUGGAAAAAAGAACGCGAGAGUAUGAAAGAAGACGAUUUCUUAAAAUAUAAACGGGAAUAUGAGGCCCGCUUUGGUGUUCCUACCGCUCCAUAUAAGAACGAGAUAAACAAAUCUUAUUUAAUAUCCAUUGAAUAUAUAUAA